CUCUCACUGGAGGCGUUCCUGUAGCUGGCUAUACUGCUGCCUACAUGCCUUACUCUCCUAAUAACAAGCUACAUACACCACCAUCCCUUUAAUCACAAAAUCUGAGUAUCCGCUGACAGCCGGGAUGGCCGGAACUAAGAACGUAUAAGGUAAGAAACAAGAUGUAUAUUAUAUGCUAACUCCAUAUUACUGGGUGCACCCACUACUUAUUCUGUAGCAACACAAUCUGAUUUCUUCCUGCCCCAGAUUACUGGACCUGAGCACCUGUGCUAAAGCAGGAAGCUUUAUAGAUCCCUGGUAAGAUCUCACCUCGAGUAUUGUGUUCAGUUCCAUAGAGCAAGAUCUCCAGGAGGACAUAAAGAGGUAGUGAUUGUGGCGGAACCGCUGCCUGUUUGUGAGUUUUCCCUCUUGUUUACAUGUAUUCCCUUGGUAUGUUCACUUAUUGUGCCCGCUCCCCGUUCGGGAGUGUUUCCACGAAGGAAAUUCAUUCACCUCCCGAAUUGGGACCACCCCAAUCCCUCAUUUAGAAUGUUACGUUAGAAUGCUCCCACCUUGCAACCUAAGUGUCAAAACCGCAAGGGAAACAAUUAACAAGUGCUUCCCUGGGUGGCCGCGGUUCGGAUAAGCGAGUGCCACCAACGGGAGCAUUCGUGGAUUGUUUCUCACCUCGUUCAUCUCCCUCCCCGGUGUCCCAUUAGAACGUUCACACCAAUUAAUCAGAACGUUCGCACUCACAACAUAGGUGUGAAAUCACAAGGGAAGUAAUUAAUGAGUGCUUCCCUGGGUGGCCGCCAUUUCGUAUAGACGAACGCUGUCCAGGGGGAGCACUCGUACCCCAAAAGGAGAUGCUUCUUUUGUCUGGGUUUCACACCAAACCUUGCAAGUAGUCGAUCGAGAGACCGAGGCAAGGGUCCCUGAGAUUGGUGUGGGCACUGGCAAGUUUGGCGGGCUCUCAUGAGCCUGAGGGACAAAGAGACCAGCUCUUUUCCCGCUGACGGGCUUUUCUGUGCCUGGGAGACAAAGGGAUGGUCCCUUUUCCCGCGCCAAGACUCCCAGGCACUGAAGCUCUUGGGAAGAAGACCCUGUGGGUUUAGUGGCAGGCUUUGGGGACAAAGGGAGCAGCGUCCUUUCCCGGGCUGGGGCCCCAGGGAUGGGGAGGAUCUUGGGAUGUGUCCUUGCACGUGUGUACGGUAAACCCCUUGCAUUAUUAUGCAUAAAAUAAAUAACAAUAAAAUUGUGUUGUACCUCCAGGACCGUGUGUCGUCCAGUUACAGGGGGGGGAGAGGGGUGAAAAUGGGUUUCUGUAUGCCCUAACUGUUUCCCGGCUGGCUGAAGGAAGGGAAUUAGCGGAGGUAACCAGUUGGGUUACCCUAGAUUCUCUACAGUGAUAGUACCUUAUAGAUCCCUGGUAAUUUCUCACCUAGAGUAUUGUGUUCAGUUCUACAGAGCAGAUCUCCAGGAGGACAUAGAGAGGUAGUGGUAGUACUUUAUAGAUCCCAACCGCUUAAUUAGCCUGCCCUUCGGUGGGUCCCCGCUCAGAUUUCAAGCUGGUUUUCGCUCAUUAAGUUUAAAGGGUAAUCCAGACUUGGACCCCUUGCUCACGGUGCCUAGAAGGAUAUUGGCUAUACCUCAUCGAUGAUACCUUACAAGGUUGAAACGAUCUAGGAUUGCCGUAUCUCUCGUGCAGAGGGAACUUGCUGGCAUUUCGGCUCUGGACUGCCCGCAUGGGUGAGACCAGUCUGAAACACUUCAGAUAUGUUCUCUCUGUAAUGGCACAAGUUGAACUAAAACCAGCUUAAGAUCUGAGCGGGGACCCACCAAACGGCAGGUUAAUUGAGCGGUUGUCCGUUCUCACCUCUCUUGCUACUUGUUUUUUUUCUCUACUUUAUAGAUCCUAGGUAAGAUUUCACCUAGAUUUUCUAGAUCUGCAGCUACUGUAAGCCAACAUUUCAUACACUCCACAAAGAAAACAUGUAAUAUAAAUAAUAAUUAUUAUUAUUUAUAAAGCACCAACAAGUUCCGCAGCGCUGAGGUUUUAUGGGAGAUCCAGCGAGAAAGUGUGAUCUUCCAUGGACACAGCCAAUUCCCUGCAGGCAUCACUGGUGACAGCUGUCAAAAUUAGUAUUUCAUAAAGAUUCUAUGGGGUGGGGGUGUGGGGGGAAGAUGGGAGGUGAAACUACUGCUUUAACCCCUUAAGGACCAAACUUCUGGAAUAAAAGGGAAUCAUGACAUGUCAGACAUGUCAUGUGUCCUUAAGGGGUUAAACAACUUUAAAAGAAAAUCUGGUGGGAAAUUUACAUAUAUUCACUUACACUGUUAUUUAAACACUUUAAUCUUCAUGAGAAACCAUUCCAUGAAAAUGGGUUCCACACUGUAUUUUCUUAACAAGGUUAUUUAAACAAAAGGAGAAAAAUUACCCUGAACCCCCAGGUAGAAUUAAGGAUAAAAAAAAAUCCAAACGUCCUCCAGCUGGAAUAGUGGAUAAAUAAUCAUCUGCGCCGCGGUCUAGGUGGCGUCUUAGAGGCAGCUAUAUGUUUACUCGUGUAUUCUCUGCAUUCUGAUUGGAUGGCAGUUUUCGCAGACAUGCUAUGAAAAUGAAGCGAGGACUCCCUGCAAGGUUUGCUCAGUGAGUCUUGUAACUAACUGCAAGCUAGACAUGAUGACAAUAAUUUUCUUAACUUAAAUAUUAAUAUUUUACUUUUUUUAACGGGUGUUUCAUCAGCUUCAUAAAACAAAUAAAUUAACAUUCUGGAAAGAGAGGUUUUAAUGAAAUUGUUUUGCUAUGUAAUAAUCCCAUGGCUAUUAAAGAGUUAUGCCAGCAUUGCCAGCCACCAUGACCACUUCAUUGAUUUGAAGUGGUCAUGGUGGUAGGAGUCUGUACUUUUCUGCUUGAAACAGAGAUAUUUUCUCUAUUGAGCUGGGAUCUGGUUACUCCCCCAGGCACUCGUAACAGAGCUCCGGGCUUCCUAAUAUCAAUCCUGGGCACAAAUUACGACUGUCGUCAGCUUGCAUGGCAUGCUGGCGGGAGAUGUCAUGAGCCCCUUCCUUACAGAAAGUGAACCUGCAAUGGCAAACCUUGCCCUACCCUCUCUCAUCCAUUCCUCCAUUGCCGUUGUUUUUUUUGUCUUUUUUUUUAUCUCUUCCUUCCCCGGUGAAAUGAUCCAACCAAAUGAUUAUCUAUGAGAAGCAUUUCAUUGGACCUCAUCGGACCCUUCGUGUUGUCAAUGGAGGCGUGGAAAGCAUCGCCAAGAGACUUCAAGUAAGUGUUUACCUUUUUUUGUAGGUUUGAAAAGGGGAGACUUUGCUAAGGCAUGCUAACUUUUAAAUCCCAUUUAAGUAAAUAGGUUUAAAGAAACUCUUUAAUUAUGUGAGUCCUUUCUCCACAUAUAGAUGCGGGUAAUCAGGCACUCUGCGGACACCCUGCGCGAUGCUCUGCUGUCCGAUAAUCCUCCUCUACAGAAGCUGUUUGAGGAAUACACCGUAGCGGAAAGAACGCUCCUCUGUCAAGCGUUCCAAGCGGAUGGAUCCAUCUUUCACCCUAUAACAAUCCAUUCUCCAUCCGACUGGAUUCCAUCCCACCCGGAGCCCGCCGAGUCUUUCAAAGACUUUUAUUACAAGUCCAGCAGACGUGUCCCAACGCCAAAGAGAAAGACCAUCUAUGUGCAGACAAUAGGUAAUAAAAACAAAUUAAAAUAAAUCUCACCUAGGUGUAUGUUAUGAAUUUACUAAUUUUAUAAAGAAUUUAAAAAAUGUAUAAUACUAGCACAAUAAUACCUACAUUGUUGUUAGCUCUUUGGUUCUGCUAGAAUUGAGGAAAUUGCAGUUUUUCUUUAAACAGGUUGAUAAUUUCACAGGAUUAUUUAUUAAAGUAAGAAUUGUUAGGAAUUCAAAUUCUGCUAUUUUGACCCCGAAUUUGAAAUUCAAUUUGGAUUCCUGGCCGUUUUUUUUUAUUUUAGUGAAUAUUGUGGCUAUGGCUUUUCCUGGCGACUUUAUUUUAUGGUUUUUCGUUUCCUGUUUUUUUAAUCAAAACCUUCUUUAGGUCCUUUUGGAGAUGAUGAUGUUCGCACUCACCGUUACAUUGGGUGGCUGAAAGGGUAUUGCCAAGCUUUUUUUUAUGGACUCCCUGUUAAAAUCCAAGGUCCGAUCCCUGUAUCGGACACUGGCUGUGCAUUUCGAAUCAAUGAUAUGACUCAAAAUUUACAGAUUCACGCAGGUAAGAGAAGCGAUUUUAUCAUUUCUAACCAUUUACUCAAACCUGUCCUCUCUCCUUGUCCUGUUACAUUGUGACCAAAAGUACUUUAAAAUAACAGGAACAGCAACCUUUCAUCCUCAACUGAGGUCUUUGUCAAAAGACUACGAGAGUAAUUCAAGGCAUUAAAUGAAUUGCGUUUUUUUAAAAAUUCUUUAUUUUAUAUAGUGCAAGCAAUAACAAACAGGCUUGUGGUGCCACGACAGCACAGACAGGCUUUCAGUAUCAUACAUGUUACAUAGUCAUGGCAAGAGUAGACAUCGCACUAUUUUAAGGUAGACUAAGAGGGUGAGUGAGACCUGCCAGUUCAGGCUAUACAUAGUGGGUUAGUAGCUUUAUAUCACAUAGAGCUGGUUUGUUAUAAAGGUAGAGUACAAAACACCCUUGAAGUUAUCAGUGAAAGAUAGGAAACAAAGGCAAUAUAGCAUAGACGCAAGAUAGCAAUAUUAGAUUAACCGGAAAUUAAAGGAAGCUUAAAACAAAAACAUAAAUUCAAUAAUCAGCACUAAAGCGGCAUGUAGAUGGAGGUGAGUAUGUCAGGAAAAGCCUCAGUCCAUGCCCAGCCAAUGCCUCUCCGCGGUACAUUGUGGACCUGGACUGGUAGAGUGGAUGUCGGAUAAAUAGCCCGUGUGUAGGCCCAUGUGUCAUGCAGCUGAGAUGCGGGUCUAUGUGAAUUGGCUGGUACAUUUGGCGACCAGGAGUUGGCCCUCGUGCAUGCGAGCCUAAUGAGUAGGUACCUCCGAUCCUCUCCACUCGAACCCAAAGUAUGCGUCUGCGCCGUUUUGGGGCUGGUCGUGGUGGGGCAUUCCACCUCUACUCCCACCCGGCAGGUCGAUUCUGGGGGGUGCAGGUGUCUGUUACUGCAGGUAUUGCAGUUUGUGAGCGUGCCUCUAGCUUCCUCCAGAGUUCAUCAAAGAAGAGGUAAGUUGAGCCACCACGUUCAGCUUCUUACUAUCAGAUAGAUUCACUGCAGCCACCAUUUUGCAUGACAAGCGGUGUCCCCCGCACUGCAGCAUUGCGUUCCUUUAGUUUCACUAUGGGACCUCUAGGAUGGGGACUGGGAUGACCCACACCGGUCCAAAGGAGGGGGAAACAGGGCCAGCGCCUCUUGGCUCGGAAGGUCUGGCUUGCUCCAAACAGGCAGGGAUGUAGAGUAGUGGCUAUCCACCCCACUCACCACCUGAGUAGGCCUCAGACCGGAGGUAGUGGAACUAGGGCCAGGAAGCAAGUUUCGGGCCGAACCUUGGGACCAGCACCGUCUAGUGCAAAGAGCCGCCGCUUCUUGAUAUUCGGUGAGGGAUUGGUCUCCGGUUAUACAACAAAAAGUUCUGGAAGUCAUGGGAGCAUGUCCUCCUCCUCUAGAAUGUAAGCUCAUUGAGCAGGGCCCUCCACCUCUCUGUUCCUGUACGUCCAUUUGUCUGGUUACAAUUACAUGUCUGUUAGUCCACCCAUUGUACAGCGCUAUGGAAUCUGAUGGUGCUAUAUAAAUAAUAAAAUAAUGGCGGACCGGCCCCACCCCCAGGAAUUGCUGUUUUAUAGCAUUUGUGUUUCUCCACCCUGCCUCGUUGCAUGUCGUGCCUACUUUGUCUGUCCCAUUAAGGGAAUGUGUCAUUUUCUACUUCUCCAUUAUGUGCAUGUCUCUUCACUUCUUGUCACUUCCUAUCCCAUCAAAAAUCUUCAUUACAAACACCAGGAUGAAAGAAAUUACAUUAAUCCCCAUUUAAUAAAAAAAGAAAAAAAUGCUCUCGUACCUGUAUUUUAUUAAUUAAUGUGGAUCCUUUUUUUGACGCAUUCUUUACCGCUGUCAUUUUUUUUUUUGAAGGAACAUUACGGGCUAUAAUACCAUUCCCAUGCCAUUUUAUACAGUAUUUAUAUAGAUAAUUCAUUUAAACUAUAUAGAUUAGUGGUCCACAGCCAAAUUCUAGAGAUGCACCCAAUGGCUUUGUCUGUAUUUCCAAGGUUGUGUGCAUGUGGAACUAAAUUAUCAGAGGCGUUGCUAGAAUCAGAUAUCAUCCAGGAUUGAGCCCAAAAAUAAUUUGGUGACCCAUUCUCCACACCUCCCCCCUAGCAAUCCCCAAUUCCACAGCUUAAUACUCGUCUUGGCACACUCACAGUUACAGACACAGUUACAGACACACACCCAGGUACAGAAGGGUAGACAGACAUGCACAUGUAUGGACAGACACACACACGUACACCCAGACAUAGACACACAGGUAUAGACCGAGAGUUCUGGGGAUGUAGUUUGUUUUUGCUGGUGGGGCAGUGUGUGUGUGUUGGGUAUGUAGUGUGUGGGUGUGCUUAUUAUGGGAUAGGGCUGCAGUGUAUGUUAAGGGGGUGGAAUUGGACUUAAAUUUGUGUAAAUUGUUAAAAAAUGUCCUUUAAGAAGAGUGUCAAUGGUAUCAGCUAAUCCAACAUCUGUAUGAAAUGCAUUGGCUCUGCAGCUGGUAUUUUCGUGGAAUGUAGAAGCAUUACUAUGUUUUAAUUAAUGAAAUAAAUGUGAAAAAAUGGCUCUGAUCCAGAAGUCCCAAUACAAUGAGGGACAAAGGGAAUAGUGCCAAAAAGGUACCCAAUGUUACUCUCCCUAAAUGUGGAAUAACCCACAAUAUACACAAUAGAAAAGGAGUCGGACUAUAGUGUCCUGGUGGGAGAGUUAACAUAAAAGGGGGGAGGAAAAGCCAAAGGGAGCCCUACCUUUAUUAAACCUAAGGGAGAGAAACAAUAGUUUAAAAGCCUUUAAACAGAAUAGGGCGAGAGAAAAACUGGUUGUCAAUAUACCAGCAUAUAAAUGUCCCAACACUAUGUGGAGGGGCAAGGGGAUUUGAAAAGUAUAUAUACACACGUCUUCCAGGCAGGGCCGAUAGCAUAGUAGGGGGUUGAAAGUAGGUUGGGGGUUACAUUGUCAGUGUAACUUUUUGUUACUCAAAGUAUCAUUUGACCUAAAGUCUCUUAUUUAACCAGAUUGGUCUCUGUUUACAUUUAUUGUAGUUUAACCCCUUAAGGACCAAACUUCUGGAAUAAAAGGGAAUCGUGACAUGUCAUACAUGUCAUGUGUCCUUAAGGGGUUUAAGACACGUUACUGUGAGAUUUAUUGCUGCGAAGCUCUGUUAUACACUCAGGCACACCAACUAUGGAUAAAGAACGAUGGGGAUUUUGGGAUUAAAAUAGGGACUGUCCCUCUGAAAGAGAAAUCACCAGAGAGCGUACAUCUCAGACGUACAUCUGGCGCUUAUUGAUUUAAUAUAUAGUAUUUUCCCUUCUUCGUUUACUUAGCUAGUCCUUUGAUAUUCUGCUAUUUCCUUACCCAGGGGAUCUCCUUAAAUACCUGAAGCAGGUGAAGCCGGACGAUGCUCUGUGUAUUGUGGGAGCGACAAUGAUAGAUUUGUAUCCGAGAGACAGUUGGAACUUUGUGUUUGGGACGGCGUCACUAACUGAAGGUACGGGAGUGUGGAUAUUUGAGCUAUACGCAGGAAGGAAAUCGACCCAUACACCUAUAACAAUAAAAUGUCAGCGAGAUACAACUGGUUAUAUUGCCUUGUCAGUUUAACUUUCUAUCCCUCAAAUGUAAAACACAGUGUCACUUAAAGAGCUCCUAUAAAUGGGCAGGAUAUUUAUAAAUACAUAGAUACCCUGAUCAUAUGAGCUAGCACUCUAUCAGAUCCAACCACAGAAAGGCAAGCUUACCGUCUAGUAAUCCAGUGGGAGACACUGAUGCAAGGUGAUUACAAUCUAACAGUAUCGUAGGACACCUUGUGCCAAGAAGCUUACAAUCUAAUUACAGACCCUAUCACACAAGGUUUACGGUUGGGAUUUUAAUUUAAUAACAAGUUGGGGAUCUACCUUGGACACCAUUGAUGUAGUGAUGUCAUGGGGUUCCCAGUCACAAAGAGCUUACAGUCUUUUUAACUAGUGAUAUGGUAGAAGAGACUAGACUGUCUCGGAGAGCUUAUCAAUCCAAUAAGUGGCAAUGUCCAUAGGAGCUUGCAAUCAGUAAUGUCGGACCCCAGACAAAUAUAGUGAUACUAUGGGAAAUAGCUACACUUGCUUAAUCUUACCACUAGAGUGUGGUAGAAGAAUAGAAAAAAACUCCCCGCUUCUGCCCAUUUAAAUGGAGGAUACAUUAAUAAGCUGUAGUUUUUCACAGACAUUAUUUAAACAUGUCCAUCGUUGUACUGCCACUUAGUGGGUAAUCAUGGAAUUACAUAUUCAUUGCACAUCUUUUACAUAGUGUAAACAUGUACCAUAACUACAUAGGACCUAAUUAAAAUGACUGUUAUGCAUCACCUGCAUAUUUCAAGUAAGCCAUUCUGAGGUCACCCUUGGGCACAGACACUCAAGAUAAUGAUAUCAUGUUUAAUCAACUAUCCCAGAGUUCCCGGCAUGGGAUGCAAAUGAGCACAGACUGGUAUUGUGCAUUACUGCAGGUACAAUUAGCAAUGCAAUCCGACUCCUUUUUCUACACAAUGUUGUCCAACGUUAAAAUAUGUAGACAUGUUGUGUUAGAAAAAAAGUUGUAGAAAUGUUAAUUUUUUUUUUAUUGUGGUCAAAGUGUUGUGUUUCUCCCUCACGUCUGAAGGCAUUUUACUAAGUAGCUACCUGCCUUCCAGUGAUCUCCCUGAAUCGCUCUUUAGGCUGUCUGACAUCGCGCUCAGGUAGAGUUUAAUAGUGAACACACAGUUAACACAGCUCUGUUUUUACAUGGGCGGUGUGUGUUGCACAAUGAAGAAGUAGGGGCAUCGAUCCCUAACUGCUCUUAAAGGGAAACUAUAGUGCUUGGAAAAGAAAGUUGUUUUCCUGGCACUAUAGCUCACUAUUGUGCACUUCUCCAUCACCCCCCCUCCUCCAUCCAUCCAGCUGUGGUUAAGAGGGGUUUUAAAACCCCUUCUGUCCCGUACAUGAGUCCUGAGUCCAUGUCCCUCUGUGCUGAUUCGGGCUCCGUCUCUGUUCCUCCCCCGCCAACACCAAUGCGCAUAUGUGGCCAUGGCCGCGCUUGCAUUAGUAUUUCCCCCUACGUAUGAAAGUUUUUUCCCCCCACCUAUGGGGUUUUACAUGACGCUGGAUGACGUCACUCCAGAAGUCUUCCAGGCAGCCACUACAGGUGGAGUUAACCCUCAAAGGUAAUUAUUGCAGUUUACUAAAAACUGCAAUAGUUAUAACUGCAGUAUUAAGGAACCUGGGACUGUGCACCCAGACUACCUCAAUGAGCUGAGGUGGUCUGGGUGCCUAUAGGUUCCCUUUAAUGAUAAUCAGACAUGCGUGCUACAAUGAUUGCGGCAAAUGUGGCGUUAGGUUAGAAUGUUUCUUCACUUGUCCUCAUUUUUAGUUCAGUCUGGUUACAAGCAAAGUUUUAUGAUCAUAUAUUUAAAGGGACAUUAUUGUCACUAAAACAACUUUAGCUUAAUGCAGCAGUUUUGGUGUAUAGACCAUGCUCCUGCAGUUUCACUGCUCAAGUCUCUGUUAUUUAAGAGUUAAAUCACUUUGUUUAUAUAGCCCUAGUCAAACCUUCCUGCAUGUGACUAAUGCAGCCUUCCUAAACACUUCCUGUAAAGUGAGAUUUAAUGUUUACACUUCCUAUAUUGCUCAAUCUAAAAUUCAUUAUCUCCUGCUCUGUUAAUAUUUUGCUAGACCUUGCAGGAGCCUGCAGUGUGUAAUUAAAGUUCAAUUUACAGAGCAGGAGAAAUAAACUUCUAAAUCUAUUAACAUCUAAUUGAAAAUUAAACCAAUUUUUAAAGCAUGGUGUGUGAGCCGCAACCAGGGGAAGGGUGGCAAAGGCUGUGUAACAGAAACAAAAGUGUUCGAGAAAUUAGACUGAUGAUCUAUACACCAAAACUGCUUCAUUAAACUAAACUUGUUUUGGUGACUAUAGUGUCCCUUUAAUAAAAUAUAAUUUAUUCUCAGUUUACAAUUUGGCAACGAUCUAUGUACGCUCUAGUCGGCUGGAAUUAUAAACAUGGCUGAUGUUUAGUGCUGGUAUUGUUGCAUCUCUCCAGGUGUGGGGGUAUUUAGUUUUGCGCGAUACGAUGAUGACUUUUACAGUCCGCGAUAUAAAGGCCGAUUGAAGCAGAGGGUUAAGCUUGCAGAUGAGGGAUACUCUGUGUUUGACAAGUCGUAUACCCCUCCAAUUACCAGCCCACUACUCAUCAGAUCCUGUAAGGUGAGUGGGAUUUAAUUCUGUUCUAUAAUGACAUUCCUUCCUCUUUCACCGCAGUGCAACACAUAGACCCAGGGACAAUCUCUGUGACAAACACAAUGUCUGUACCCAGCUCCGGUCAGUCUGUCUGUACCCGGCUCCUGUCAGUCUGUCUUUCUAUAACUAAUCUCUGUCAGUCUGUCUGUACCCGGCUCCUGUCAGUCUGUCUUUCUAUAACUAGUCUCUGUCAGUCUGUCUGUACCCGGCACCUGUCAGUCUGUCUGUACCCGGCUCCUGUCAGUCUGUCUGUACCCAGCCCCUGUCAGUCUGUCUGUACCCGGCUCCUUUCAGUCUGUCUUUCUAUAACUAGUCUCUGUCAGUCUGUCUGUACCUGGCACCUGUCAGUCUGUCUGUACCCGGCUCCUGUCAGUCUGUCUGUACCCAGCCCCUGUCAGUCUGUCUGUACCCGGCUCCUGUCAGUCUGUCUUUCUAUAACUAGUUUCUGUCAGUCUGUCUGUACCCGGCACCUGUCAGUCUGUCUGUACCCGGCUCCUGUCAGUCUGUCUUUCUAUAACUAAUCUCUGUCAAUCUGUCUGUACCCAGCACCUGUCAGUCUGUCUGUACCCGGCUCCUGUCAGUCUGUCUUUCUAUAACUAGUCUCUGUCAGUCUGUCUGUACCCGGCUGCUGUCAGUCUGUCUGUACCCGGCUCCUGUCAGUCUGUCUUUCUAUAACUAGUCUCUGUCAGUCUGUCUGUACCCGGCACCUGUCAGUCUGUCUUUCUAUAACUAGUCUCUGUCUGUCUGUCUGUCUGUCUGUCUGUUCUCAGCCAGUGUCAGUCUGUCUGUCAGUACAGUGCCCCUCUUCCUUCUGUCAGGGUUACUUAUUAAUUCUAGCAAUUACAAUCCCAAACUAAGGCUAAAAAAGCCAAGCUGUGGCUGUAACAAAAAUAACAAAUAAGAUUUAGCAGCACCUUAACUGAUCUUAACUGACCUUAACCUUAGCUGUGUAACUGAUCAUGUACACUGAAAGUGUUUCACACAGUGGAACAUUAACCCCUACAAGCCUAGUAUAGAAUCCAUCUAUCUAUAGAGAAUCACAAAAGUGCAUAGUGCACAGUCAUGUAAACAAAGGGUUAAUGCUCACAUAUCUUCCAAUAUAAUUCCUUAAAGUGUGUCACUUAACAGCUAAGUUUAAAGUACAACACAAAGUCUCAAUAACUAUGUGUAAAUGGAAGAUAACUUACAAGUGUUAAAGUGCAGUAUUAUAUCAGUUUCCUUAUAAACUUAAAGGGACACCAUAGUCACCAGAACAACAACAGCUUAAUGACGCAGUUUUAUUGUAUAGAUAAUGCCCCUGCAGUCUCACUGCUCAAUUAUUUACCAUUUAGGAGCUAAAUCACUUUGUUUAUGCAGCCCUAGCCACACCUCCCUGCAUGUGACUUACACAGCCUUCCUAAACACUUCCUGUAAAGAGUCAACUAAUGUUUAAACUUUCGUUAUUCUGUUUACUUUAGAAUUUCUCCUCUCCUGCUCUGUUAAUAGAUUGCUAGACCCUACACAAGCCUCCUGUGUGUGAUUAAAGUUUAAUUUACAGAGCAGGAGAUAAAAACUUCUAAAGUAAGUCAACAUCUGAUUGCAAAUUAAUCUUAUAAGAUUAUUCCUCUUGCUUUUCUAUGAGCUGCAUUUGGUUAUGCGUACGUCACAUGACUGAGUUUUACUUGGUUGCUGCGUAGAAAGCGCCUCUAGUGGCUGUCAGUGUGACAGCCACUAGAUAUUUGUUUAACCCUUCAUGGUAAUGACACAGUUUCUUCAAAAUGACAGUGUUUACCUUUAAAGGGUACAUGAGCGCUGCACUCAGGCCAUUACAUUGAGAUAAAGUGUCUGGGUGAGUUUAUUGGUCUGUUAAGGAAACUGCGCACACACAGACUGUGACUGAUCACCCUGUCCCUAGAUUGUAAUCCCUUUGUUUGAUUCUCCUAUGGGUUCGGGAUUGCAUUGUCCUUCAUUUCAUUUUUAUUUCAUUCCCCUACCGAACAAACUACCGAACAACUAGACCACCCGGAUGCAGAGUGUGCCACUUACUAACCUCUGUCACCUCAUUAACACUCCUAAACUACAAGAGUUCUAAGCGGUCGGCUGGGUGGUCACUGUUCGGUAUACGAACAUGUGGCGGCGGCCAUCUUUAGCCGCGAACACACUGAACGGUGUUUGGUCGUCAAAUGCAUGGAAACCACAUCGGACACUCGACGGCAUGAACACUGCCAGAAAGUCUCUUCCAUCGACAUUCGGCUAAACGUAUAGGAAUUGAAAGGCGUUCGGUGGGAGCAAGCUCCCAAACGAGACACAAACCGCUAUGCUCGGUAUUUUGACUAUAUUAAGUAUUCAAAAAAGAAACCGACCGCACAGCCUGAUUUCAUGGAACUCUUUUGGGCAGGAGCCUCGUUUGCGGUCGGUCAAAAUAAGACCUCCAUGGAAAUCCCGAACCCCUGAUAACCCCGAUCUGGGUGACCAACAUAUCCAAAAAUCACCCAGAUCAGGGCUAUCAGGGGAUGUAACUUGUGUGGGGUUUCCAUGGGUUUUGGGGGUAGUUUCGGGGUACGGCUAAAAUGGGUGUUUUCUGUGCCUGGAGAUAGUUGAGUUAGUACAGUUCCUGACUCAAUUAUCUCCCAGGCAGAGAGGAGGGAUUAUCUGAUUUUGUAUGGGAGUGUCCUGGACCUGAGAGCCAAUGUAAUCGUGUGUUUGUUUUUACUGUAGUCUACUCUCAGGUCCAGAGGGGAGUGCCCCUUGCAUUGAGAUUGACAUAAAAGGCUGUGUGAAAACCAGUUGUUCCACAGCAUAGAGCAUCGUCUCAUGUUUGUGGGAGAAAGCUAUAAUAGCUGUCUCCCUUCUGCUUGAAGUGCUAAAUCACUAGCUCUUGUAAGAGCUGUUCCUGCUCUGCAUUACAGCAUCCCUCCCACUAGGGAGAAAAGAACUUCUGUGGUGGUGGAACCCAUCUUCCCAUCAGGGUGGCCGCCACACAGUCGUACUGUUUUAAAAUGUAAGAUACAGUGGUGGCGAUAUAGCUUGAUUAAAUACCCACAUUAAUUAGCAAAUAUAGAUUAUUUAUUUAAAUACCCCUGUAAGAUUUAAUCAGUAUUUUGUGUGUGCACUGUUCCCAUAAUGUGCAUUGUCAAUAUAUGUUGUUAUUUACAGGAGAACCUUUAUUAAGAAAUGCAUGUUCUGGGUUUGCCCUCCAUUGCAUUUUUUUCUUUCUACCAGACCCAUGCUAGUCAGUCUGUCUGUACCCAGUGUCAUUUUGUCUGUUUGUACACAGCCCCACGUCAGCCUGUCUGUCUGUGCCCAACUCCAUGUCAGUCUGUACUCUGCCCCAUGUCAGUCUGUACUCUGCCCCAUGUCAGUCUGUACUCUGCCCCAUGUCAGUCUGUACUCUGCCAAGUGACAAUCUGUCUAUACUCCGACAAGUGUCAGUCUGUUUGUACUCAGCCCCAUGUCAGUCUGUCUGUACUAGGUCAAGUGUCAAUCUGUCUGUACUUUGCCAAGUGUCAGUCUGUCUGUCUGUUAACAGCCCCAUGUCAGUCUUCCUGUCUUUGCCCAGCUCCAUGUCAGUCUGCCUGUACUUAGUCAAGUGUCAAUCUGUCUGUACUCAGCCCAGUGCCAGUCUGUCUCCACCUAGCCCAGUAUCAAUCUGUCUGUACCUAGCCCACUGUCAGUCUAUCUGUGCCCUUUCCAUGCCAGUCUGUCAGUACCCAGCCCACUGUCAGUCUGUCUAUCUGUGCCCUGUCCAUGCCAGUAUGUCUGUACCUAGCUCAUUGUCAGUAUGUCUCUAUGCCCAGCCCACUGUCCAUCUGUCUAUCUGUGCCCUGUCUAUGCCAGUCUGUCUGUGCCCAGCCCACUGUCCAUCUGUCUAUCUGUGCCCAGUCCAUGCCAGUCUGUCUGUGCCUAGCCCACUGUCCGUCUGUCUAUCUGUGCCCUGUCCAUGCCAGUUUGUCUGUACCUAGCUCAUUGUCAUUAUGUCUCUGUGCCCAGCCCACUCUCCGUCUGUCUAUCUGUGCCCAGUCCAUGCCAGUCUGUCUGUGCCUAACCCACUGUCCGUCUGUCUAUCUUUGCCCAGUCCAUGCCAGACUGUCUGUGCCCAGCCCACUGUCCGUCUGUCUAUCUGUGCCCAGUCCAUGCCAGUCUGUCUGUGCUCAGCCCACUGUCCGUCUGUCUAUCUGUGCCCAGUCCAUGCCACUUUGUCUGUGCCCAGCCCACUGUCCGUCUGUCUAUCUGUGCCCAGUCCAUGCUAGUUUGUUUGUCUCUACCCAGCCCACUGUCCGUCUGUCUGUAUUUACCAUUGCAGUGUUUUAUGGAAAACUGCUCUGUGUUUCCCCUUUUUGUUAGGCAUUCCCUGUCUUGUUUUAUUAUUUAAAGCUUGACACACGUCAGGCUACAGCUGCUGUAUAUGUUCUCUAACCUGCAUAAAAUAAAUAUUUUAUCAUAUUGCAAGGUAAACAGUCCAUAUCUACCAUCCUGAUCUGUUGCUCCUUAUUAAUAUUCGAUGGUCAUUAAUCCAGAUUAACCUUAUAUUGCGCACGUCUUUUCCUGCAAUAUAUUCUAUAGGGUUUCAGUGAGAAACAUGGUGCAAUAUUGACACAAUUUGUCUGCGUUUACGCAUAAAAAGAUUCUAUCAGAAUUACAUACCUUUGCGCCACCGCCACUUUUGUUAUUUUGUCACAGAUUAUGGCUAAAAAUGGGCGAAAAAAUGCACUUUUGUUGUAAGAACACUUUAUAGCAAAACAUUUCUCCUCCGUCCCACAUCUAGCGUCACCUACGCCAUGAGAAAAGUGACAAAUGUGAGAAAGAAAUGUCAUAAAUGUGCCCCCGUGCCUGAUGGUGUUUACAGCCCAUUUAUACAUCUUUAGAAAUACUUAUAUAGAGGCCAAAGAUUUAAUAUGAGUAAAUAGAUAACACGUAAUGUUAGAGAUUGCACCAUUAUUUAUACAUAACCAUUAUAUUUCGUAUUACAUAAUAUAUAUAUAUAUAUAUAGUAUAUACUAUAGUUAUAUUUUAUAGUAAAAACAAAGAGAACGUUACCGUCGCUCUGGCCUAAAUCCCCAUGUACAUUUAAACAAAAUGGAGGCUCUUUAGUUUUAUUCCAAUGGCCAUUUAAUUUUAUAAACCCUUUCACAUUUAACCCUUUAUAGGGCUUCUACACAUACAAUAAACUUUGCUGGGAUCAGACAAAGUGUGAACAUUUCUUUUUUUUCAAUGUCUUAAUUUUUUUAUUAUUUUGUGCGGUGACGCACUGACAACAAGUAAAGGGGAUACAGAAAGGAAAAAGGGGAAGGGGUAACAUGUGUUGACACAAUCAUCUGUUCCAUUACAAUACUGUAGCGUGACUAACAUCAUGCGGAGGCUAAUAAAGCAGACAGCUUUUACACUCUAAUAUGAGGUUAACCAAUUAGAUCUAGGAUCAAUCAAUUUCGGUGGAGGCUAACGGAAGCAUCGGGGAAGAACCUUGGGAGAUUCACCUGCCUGACCUGGGUAGCUCGCGGAGCGGAUGAGCUCUCCUCCUCCCCCAACAUCUAAAGACCCUCAUCCUGGAAUGCUGUGUGCCUGUCUGCUUGGGUGUUGGGUUGUCUGUCAGUGCUCUCAUCUGGAGUAUUUGUUUCGCUAAACGAAAUGGCCCUCCCUCUACUCCCUAUCCCUCUAUUUGCCGGAAUGUGUUGACACCAACUGACCCAUAAUUUUGUGUGUUUGUCCACCUUGGAUAGCAUCCGGAAUGCAAGGCGCUCAUGUUCGUAAGUCGUGUGGACUCUCUGUGUUACUUCUUGGAUGUUGGGAGGAUCUUGGCUUUUCCAUCUGCUAGCUAUACUAGUCUUGGCGGCUAGCAGUAUGUGAUAGAUAACCACCUUGUGUGGCGAGACCAGUGUACCUGCGUGAAUGUGUAAAAGGCAGCAUUCUGGGCGUAGCGGGAUGGAGUUCCCUGAAACCUCUUGUAUUAAGUUACUGACCUGUUGCCAGAAUUGAGUUAGUAUCGUGCACUCCCAAAAGACAUGGAGUAAGGUGCCCACCUCGACACCACACCUCCAACAAUGUCGUGGAACAGUAGGAUAUAUCUGGGCCAGGCGUGAUGGGACAAGAUACCAUCUCAUCAGUAAUUUACUAAAGCUCUCCCAAUGAGACAGGCUGUGCGAUGAUGCACGCGUAUUUUGGAUUACUUGUAGCCCAAAGUGUGAACAUUUCUAAUGAGACAGGAAGGGGUAUUUUAUAAACCCCUACAUACUUAACCCUGAAUAGGGCUAUAACACAUACAAAUCACCUUGCUGGUAUCAGCUAAAAGGCAAAUUUAUCUGAUAAGACAGGAAGGGGUGCUGCCCCUACAUACUUAUAAACUCUUAAUAAGACAAAUGUGGGGAGGCUGGCAGCAAUGUAACAUAGCUGUGUGAUACAAAACAUCAUAUACAAACACAAAAAUAAAGCACCGGGCUUACAGCAGCAGUAACUUAGUAUCCAACAGCUUAAAAUACAUAGUAAAAACAAAGAGAACGUUACCUGUGCUCUGGCCUAAAUCCCCAUGUACAUUUAAACAAAAUGGAGGCUCUUUAGUUUUAUUCCAAUGGCCAUUUGAAUAUAUAAGCUCACCUGCCACGUCAAGGCAAACCUCAAUAGGUGAGUUCCUACUAUUUUAUGUUGUAUCUUAUUUGUCUUUGUCUUUGCCUGGUAUAUAUUUCUCUCUCCAACGCCUGGUUAUCUUGAGAAGGUGUGAAAGACAAUUAACCUACUAAAGCCACUGUAUUAUAGCACAAAGCUGUGCUAAGCCAAUACAUGCUGUUUAUCCAAUAUCCAUUCUCAGACUGCAGAGGGAUUUAUGGAAUGAGAGUGGGCUUCCCAGAAUGACCCUGACUUUCUCUUCCUGUGUAAGUAAAUCUCUGGUACUGGUGCAAGACUCCUCAUGUGAAAAAUACAAAUUAGCACAAUUAUGUGCAUUCUCGUAUUGCCUUCAAGUUAUUAAGGACCACUAGAGUCACCCAGGCCUCUUCAUCUCAAUAAAGUGGUCUGGGUGCAGUGGUCCUUUAGUGUUAAUCCUGCAUUGUAAAACAUUGAUUUAUUUAUUUUUUUUAAAUUGUAAUGUUUAAAUUGCAGGGUUAAAUCCACCUCUAGUGGUUAUCUUCCUGGCAGCCACUAGAAGUGCUACUGUCACGUAACAUGGAAGCAUUGAUUCGAUGCUUUCCUGUGGGGAAGCUUGGAUGCACACAUGGCCCUCUCUGCACAUCCACAUCAGGUCCCCUAGGAGCACUGGAUUGGCCAUCGCCAGAGGAGAUCUAUGACAUCAAGGGACGAGGAGAGGUAAGCACAGAGGGAGCCUCGUACGUUAAAAUUAAAUAUUUUUUAAUUUUAAUGGUAAACUGGGAUGCAGGGGUACCAGUAGUUUACUUUUAAAAAAAUAAUGAUGACCAUCUAACUUGGGUCUCAAUUUUAAUAUUUUUGGAUACCUUUUCGAAUGAUCACAAUCUGUUAGAAAAAAAACUUUUAAAUGAUUUAUCUAUAAAAAUCCCUCGAGGCCUGCAUGUUUUAUUUUGCGUUUACAUAUUUAAAAAUAUUUUUUGUAAUAAUAUCUAUAAAUGGUCUAGUAUAUCAUAAUUUAUAUAAAUUAUAUAAAUUAAGAUAUUCUGGAUUCAUUUUAAUGUUUAUAGAACAUUAUCAUUAAGGUACUGAUAUAUUUCAGUGUGUGAAUCGUACUUUAAAUUAAGUAUUAUGUUUUAUAUGUUUCUCUAUGUGAGAGAGCAUAGUUAUAUAUAUAUAUAUAUAUAUAUAUAUAUAUAUAUAUACAAAAUAAACAAAAAGCCUUGCACUCCUACCAAAAAGGAUUAGAACCCGGUGCUCGAUUGCACAAUAGAUAUAAAGCAAAUAAAUAAUCAGCACUCCCAGGGUUUGUAAAUAAGCGAAAAAAUACUUUACUCCAUAAGUCAACGUUUCAGCUCCUCUUGGGAGCUUUCAUCAGGACAGCAUACCGGUAUAGGUAUUUUUCGCUUAUUUACAAACCCUGGGAGUGCUGAUUAUUUAUUAUAUAUAUAUAUAUAUAUAUAUAUAUAUAUAAAUUUUGAAAAUAAUUAAUUAAAAAAAGCAAAUAACUGGGAAUAUUAAAUAAAUUAUUCAUAUGCUUUUCUUUACAUAAAUGUGGCAUAGAGUUAACUGGUUGAUCUAAAUGUUUUAUACUUUGUGCGUUAGAAUAUAUAAAUAUAUAGUUUAUAAUAGCACCCCUGAUCUGAACACUGUGUUAGCAAACCGUGGGCAUGAUGGGGUUAACAGCUGAUAGAAAACUCUGUCUCCAAACAGCAUCCACAAACAUUGAUUUUAGAAUUCAGGGCAAGGACUUUGUUAUGCAGACAGCAUGGGGACACAGGGGUACUGCAAAGUUCAAUUAUCAAAGCAGCAAAGCAACAUCAUCUCUUUAUCUCUCAUGAGAGCGUACAGUGAAAACGGUGCAAGUUCAGACAGGAACAUUAGCUGUGAUUUUAGAUUGCCCCUGACCUCUUUUUAAAGCCAUCCAUUUACAAUUACAUAAAUACGGUACUUUUAUUAAAACCAACGGUGCAUGAUGAGGUUUUAUGGUUUAAUAUGCAUUUCUGUCUUUUAUUAGAGGGAUGGGGGGAGACAUUUAAAAUUUGCAAAACGGUUUUAGAGAAAGUGUAGUAGUUAGAUGAAGCAGACUUUCAGCAGAGGUGGUUCCAGUAAACUGGCAUGUUCUAAACUAAAUUAUCACCGUUCUCCCCUGAUUUUAGAGGCGAGUCGUAAUAGAUGCUUUACCUUUAGUAGUGACCAUGUUCUCUUUCAUCUUCUCCUUUUUUCUCUAUCCUUGUUCUGGUCCUCUAUUUCGUUUACCCUAAGUUGACUCCCUCAUGGGGCCUUAUAUUCUAAGAUGGUUUACGUAUGGACAGGGGCUACAGUUGGUUGAACAAUUCCUUGAGAAUGUAUCUUGGGAUCCAGGUAUGCCCUAGCUGAAUCUGUCCUACUACCGAUGUGCAAUCUGAUGGGGGCGCUGCUGAGAGAUGUACACGGCUACAUUACCGACACGUAAAAUACUGAUGGAGUUUGUGCUUUGAAGCGUAAGAGGUUCGGUUCUUCCUGUGUUUCUCGGAGAAUGCGUUAAUUACAGUAAAACUUUGUUUGCGACGAUGUUGAUCCUUGAAAUAUGUACUAUUGUUCAUGUUACUGGUUUUUGAUAUACUGCACAUUGUACGCUGUGAUUUAUGUACUAACCUGUCUGUCAAAAAUAAAGAAUUGAAAAAAAAUAAUUAUUUUUUAAUUGUGUUAACUCUUUAAUCUGUUUAUAUCAUGAUAUACUUGGUAUGUUAUAAGUCAUUGAUGGGUUAUAAAAUAAAUAGUUUAUUUGUUCUGUAUGAUCUAACAACAUUGCACCGUGUAUUACAAUUUAUCCGAUUUUAGUAAAUUAGAAAUUGGCAUUUAUUUAUAUUCUCUCCUGCCAGUAUCUAGCUACUCAAGAAUAAAUGUCUGAUGAAUGUGUAUUUAUCCCCUUGUGUUAGACUCUCACACAUGAGAUCGGGCACAUGUUCGGGAUUCAUCAUUGUCAGUGGUUACAGUGCGUCAUGCAAGGGUCUAACCAUCUGGAAGAAUCGGACCGCCGCCCUCUUGACCUCUGCCCCGUAUGUCUUCGCAAACUGCAGAGUGCCAUCGGAUUCAAAAUAGCCGACAGAUACCAGGUGAGACAAGGUGCCAUUUAAUAUCCAUGGGACGCACAAAAAAAGUCACGUUAAGUAAGCUGAUAUUGUGCCAUUUUCUUCCCCUCAUGCGUUCCAAGUUGAAUAAGACCAUAACGUUGGUGAGAAUACACUAGUUAAAAUGAGCCAUUCCACUUUCUCCAUCAACCCAUAGGCCCGGCAGAGCGAGCAUGUUACUUAGGGCGCACAAAUAACUACCCUGCAGAAUGGUUCCCUAAAUAGGUUAAUAUUAGAGAAUGUUGUAUAAAGCAAGUGACGGGGUGUCAAAUAGAAUACGGAUAUCUUCUACAAUGUUACCCGCGCAAUGAUCCGUACAAUGUUGUGUAGUUUACGAUGUGAUACUGUGAUAUCACAGACUCUGUUGGGUGAUUCUGUAUCUGCCCCGGUGUGCCUGUGCUGGGCACGUGUUUUGUCCCCGAAGUUCGUAACCAGCUCCUGCAGGCAGAGCUAAGAUCACCUGCUUGAUCAAUAGAGUGUGUCAGUAGCUUUACAUGUGUGUGAUGGCAUGAUUGUACAUGAGUGACACACGCUUGUUCUCUUCCAGUUAGAAUGCCAUCCUCAAAGCUCUAAGAAUCACAGCUCUGCUCUGGGUGUAGAAAGGGUGAAUAGAUGCAUGCGUGUGCACUUACUGGCAUCCGUGACGUAGACAUUCUAUCCAGUGUAUAAGAUGCCUCCACUUAUGACAUGGUCGGGGAAAAACAUGUAACUUUGUUUCCAUGGUUUUGCUACUCGGGUUAAUUGAGUGAUCUAGAUGUCAUGAAGUGUAUGGCAGCUGUCAUCUUGGUCAUUCUUACAGAAAUACACCCAUAUUCACACAUGUUGAAUAAAUACACCCUAUAUUCAAACACAUUACCACAUAAUAUAAAUACACCCCAUAUUCACACACAUUGCCACGUAAUAUAAAUACAUCCCAUAUUCACACACGUUGCAUAAAUACACCCCAUAUUCACACACAUUGCCACGUAAUAUAAAUACAUCCCAUAUUCACACACGUUGCAUAAAUACACCCCAUAUUCACACACAUUGCCACGUAAUAUAAAUACAUCCCAUAUUCACACACGUAAUAUAAAUACACCCCAUAUUCACACAUGUUGCCACGUAACAUAAAUACACCCCAUAUUUACAUUCACUGCCAUGCUACACAAAAAUAAACUCACAUUCACACGUUACCAUGCUACACAAAUACACCGUUACAUUCACACACAAUGCCAUGCUACACAAAUACACCGUUACAUUCACACACAAUGCCAUGCUACACAAAUACACCGUUACAUUCACACACAAUGCCAUGCUACACAAAUACACAGUUACAUUCACACACAAUGCCAUGCUACACAAAUACAGAGUUACAUGCACACACAAUGCCGUGCUACAUAAAUACACAGUUACAUGCGCACACAAUGCCAUGCUACACAAAUACACUGUUACAUUCACACACAAUGCCAUGCUAUACAAAUACAGAGUUACAUUCACACACAAUGCCAUGCUACAUAAAUACACUGUUACAUUCACACACAAUGCCAUGCUACACAAAUACACCGUUACAUUCACACACAAUGCCAUGCUACACAAAUACACUGUUACAUUCACACACAAUGCCAUGCUACACAAAUACACUGUUACAUUCACACACAAUGCCAUGCUACACAAAUACACAGUUACAUUCACACACAAUGCCAUGCUACACAAAUUCAGAGUUACAUGCACACACAAUGCCGUGCUACAUAAAUACACAGUUACAUGCGCACACAAUGCCAUGCUACACAAAUACACUGUUACAUUCACACACAAUGCCAUGCUAUACAAAUACAGAGUUACAUUCACACACAAUGCCAUGCUACAUAAAUACACUGUUACAUUCACACACAAUGCCAUGCUACACAAAUACACCGUUACAUUCACACACAAUGCCAUGCUACACAAAUACACUGUUACAUUCACACACAAUGCCGUGCUACAUAAAUACACAGUUACAUUCACACACAAUGCCAUGCUACACAAAUACAGAGUUACAUGCACACACAAUGCCAUGCUACAUAAAUACACUGUUACAUUCACACACAAUGCCAUGCUACACAAAUACACCGUUACAUUCACACACAAUGCCAUGCUACACAAAUACACUGUUACAUUCACACACAAUGCCAUGCUACACAAAUACACAGUUACAUUCACACACAAUGCCAUGCUACACAAAUUCAGAGUUACAUGCACACACAAUGCCGUGCUACAUAAAUACACAGUUACAUGCGCACACAAUGCCAUGCUACACAAAUACACUGUUACAUUCACACACAAUGCCAUGCUAUACAAAUACAGAGUUACAUUCACACACAAUGCCAUGCUACAUAAAUACACUGUUACAUUCACACACAAUGCCAUGCUACACAAAUACACCGUUACAUUCACACACAAUGCCAUGCUACACAAAUACACUGUUACAUUCACACACAAUGCCAUGCUACACAAAUACACUGUUACAUUCACACACAAUGCCAUGCUACACAAAUACACAGUUACAUUCACACACAAUGCCAUGCUACACAAAUACAGAGUUACAUGCACACACAAUGCCAUGCUACAUAAAUACACAGUUACAUGCGCACACAAUGCCAUGCUACACAAAUACACUGUUACAUUCACACACAAUGCCAUGCUACACAAAUACACAGUUACAUUCACACACAAUGCCAUGCUACACAAAUACACAGUUACAUUCACACACAAUGCCAUGCUACACAAAUACAGAGUUACAUGCACACACAAUGCCAUGCUACAUAAAUACACUGUUACAUUCACACACAAUGCCAUGCUACACAAAUACAGAGUUACAUGCACACACAAUGCCAUGCUACACAAAUACACCGUUACAUUCACACACAAUGCCAUGCUACAUAAAUACACUGUUACAUUCACACACAAUGCCAUGCUACACAAAUACACCGUUACAUUCACACACAACGCCAUGCUACACAAAUACAGAGUUACAUUCACACACAAUGCCAUGCUACACAAAUUCAGUUACAUGCACACACAAUGCCAUGCUACACAAAUACACCGUUACAUUCACACACAAUGCCAUGCUACACAAAUACAGAGUUACAUGCACACACAAUGCCAUGCUACACAAAUACAGAGUUACAUUCACACACAACGCCGUGCUACAUAAAUACACUGUUACAUUCACACACAACGCCGUGCUACACAAAUACAGAGUUACAUUCACACACAACGCCGUGCUACAUAAAUACACUGUUACAUUCACACACAACGCCGUGCUACACAAAUACAGAGUUACAUUCACACACAACGCCGUGCUACAUAAAUACACUGUUACAUUCACACACAAUGCCAUGCUACACAAAUACAGAGUUACAUUCACACACAAUGCCAUGCUACAUAGGGUGAAGAGGGCAUUUCAGAGGGUGAUUGUAGCUCGUAUUGCCUGGAUGCAUUUUUAUUCCCAGAUAGUCCUAGAGAGUAAUGUGCGUUCAUUUAAAUAUUCAUAAAACGGAUUUGGUUAUUGAAACUGUUUGCUUUUUCUACUCAUGUUUUAUGUAUCAUUCCAGGCUUUGCUCCAGUGGAUUCUGGAAAUGGAGAAUACAUUUGCCUUUGGAGCAUGCGAUCAGGAGCAGCCAAGCAGUCCCACGCUUAUCGAUGUGUUUAAGGAUCACAGAGAGUGGCUAAAGAUGUGUAUAAACGUUCUAGGUGUGGGACCCGGACACUGACUUCUGGCUGGGCUCUAUAUUGGACCUACGAACUGAUCAUCAAAGAUUAAUAGAGCAACAUAUGUUCCUCAUCCUCUGACACGUGUACAUGAUAUGUAUGAGGCAACGAGCGAAUCAGACACCUGCUGAAUCACGUGCGUGGUGUGCCAGUGGGCGCCAUCCUCUCUGCACGUGUUUUCACUUAUUGGAAAGUCGGACGCAAAGCCUGAAAAUUCAGCUGCCUUUUGUUUCCUUUCUUGCGUGACCUUUCAACAAACAGCUAUCCAGGUGUACAAACAGAAUUUCAAUAUUAAUCCUGGACCGUCACAGUCUGUGCUUGUGCGCAGUUGCUGGCAGAGCGGAAUGGACACAAGCUUUUUAAAGAUCAUAACAAAAGAUACAUGAACAAAAUCGAGAUGUUUUGGGGGAUUGUAAUUAUUGAUAAAGAUUUAUUAGAAAAAUAAUUCACUGCCUCCAUGAUCAAUGGUGGCGUGACUGUAAUCUUAGUUUUGCGCUACAUGUCAACCUCGCAGUCACAUGGUUAAAGAGACAGGAAAAUUACUGGAGCAACUUGUUUGUAUGUCGCCAGGCUGGGUAACACUUUAAUUAUGGUUGCUAGGGACUGCCUCCCCCUGUUUUGGUUUUAAUGCAAGGGAGAAUGUUAAUCUCUUAAAUACAUCUAAGCAGCGAAUUUCGAAUGUAUGUGGUUUUUCCUCUGUUGUUGGGUCCAUGAAUCUCCAGGUGAUCUUAUUCCGUCUGUGCUAGAGCAAUUUAACCCCUGAUUGUUCACGUUCUGUCUCUCUGUUACAGGAAAGUAUCUGUAUGGUUUUACCCAAAGGUAGACUUAGAUCACGUUUAUAACUGUAGAUAGCACUGGGAGUAGUGGAGGUAAUGUUUAAAUAGUAAUUUGGUACACAUUUGUUUUGUUUAUAGUAGUUACCAUAUGAACCAAAUAAUCAACAAAUACAGUAGGUACACUUUUUUUUUUUAUGAAUGGGGUGUUAGUGAUUGGUUUAGAGCGUCAGCUUAUCGCUCAAAGCAAUCAGCGGUGUCUCUGUCCAGCCAUGGCUAUGUUUCCUGAAUCAGAAUUGGAGUAAGUGAAUUUGGACGGUUACAAGGACUAAUGAUGCUUAAAGCAGGCUUCCCCAAACGCCGGCCCUCCAGAUGUUGCUAAACUACAACUCCCAUGAUUCUAUGAAUGAAAUAGAUAGGCUGAGAAUCUUGGGAGUUGUAGUUCAGCAACAUCUGGAGGGCCAGAGUUUGGGAAAGCCUGGCUUAGGCUCUCCACUUAGUGAGAAGUUUGUUCAAAAAAAAUGUGACUUCCCCCGGCACCUAUAGACCUGCCCCUUCUCAGUUGCAUUGAUAAUAUAGAACUUGCUCUUGACAAUGUUAAAUGUCAAUUCUGUCCAAUUUAGAUGGCAGUGAUAGGCUGAGAAUUCUGGCUUAAUCCGCACGUGACGCUCACUGCCCUCAACGUUGGACAAAUUCUGCAUUAUCAUUGCGGCUGUGAAAUGGGCAAGGAGAACCCAGUUUUUUUUUUUUUUUGUCAAAACACUCCCAAGUGCUAUAGUGACAUAUAGCUGCAGGGAGUUUUGCAAAGUACUUGUGAUAAGCCACUGGGUACAGGGACAAAAUGACAGCCGGAGUAAGUCGUUACAACAUGUGUACUGUAGGUUACUGUCUUUGGAGUCUUCAUUUACUGGCGGUAAGUGACAGCAGUAACAAUGUUAUAAAGAGAUUGAUAAAAAGCAAAUGGCAAACUGUG